UCGGUUCCAUCCGCGAGCAGCCGUUUCUGUCCGCCUUGAGGAAGGCCGUCCUGCGUCGACUCUCUUCCUUUCCCUUUCGGAGAUGGGUGGGUCAAUUUCCCAGCUGGACUCUCAGCAGGAAGAUGAAAGCAACACUGUCCUGCCCCAGAACCCAGCCAUUGACAGCAAGGCUAUCAGCUACUCAAGCAUGAAUAACAGCAAGACUUUUUGUUCCUAUAUGCCUAAUGAAUGCACAGCUAGUACCAGCUUUGUUACUUGUCCUACUUGCCAAGGCAGUGGGGAGAUCCCCCGAGAGCUGGAGAAGCAGCUGGUGGCUCUCAUCCCCUAUGGGGACAAAAGGCUGAAACCCAGGCGCACGAAGCUCUUUGUGUUCCUGACUAUGCUCAUAUGCCUGGUGACCUCCUCCUUCAUCAUCUUUUUCCUGUUUCCCCGGUCUGUUGAUGUGGAGCCUGCAGGCCUCAACUCCUCUAUGGUGGCCUUUGAUGAAGAAAAUAUCCAAGUCAACAUGACAAAUGUCUUGAACAUCUCCAACACUAACUACUACCCUAUCACUGUGACUCAGCUGACCAUCGAAGUUCUGCACCUGUCCCUCAUAGUUGGACAGGUCUCCUACAGCCUCUUCCUGCAUGUUGGCCCUUUGGCAAGUGAACAGAUAUUUUACACAGUAGCCAGCAGGAUUAAGGAUGAGAGCACAUACAAAAUAUGUACCUGGCUGAAAAUUAAAGUCCACCAUGUGCUUUUACAUAUCCAGGGCUCGCUGACCUGCUCCUACCUGUGCCAUUCAGAGCAGCGGAUGUUCCAGAGCUAUGAAUAUGUGGACUGCCGAGAUGACACAUCAGUGCCCCAUCUGCUAAUCCCUCACACACCCUAACUGCCUGUGGUCCCUGGACUCCAGGUACCUGCAAGCCUGGUCCAUGACUGUCAACUGUGGUGCCCAAAGAAGGACUUUGCCAAAGGAAAGUCCUGCUUUAUCAUGCCCAGGCCCUGCCACACCCUUAGCACAAGUUGCUUUCUAUAAUGUUAACAUCACACUUGCAAACACACUCAGUCCUUCAUUUUCUAUGAAUUAUUUUCUGUGUGAGCAUCAGAUCCGAUCUUGGUAUGUCUAAAGGAAAAUCUGACCUCACAUUGUGGCUGAGCAUGCUGGUUGCCCAGUGCCAUCUGGCUUCUUCACUCAGGUUCUUCACCCAGUAAUAAGAAAAUGACUUUGGGGACAUC